AUGGAUGCUCUUGGUGAGCCGAAAGAAAAUGCGACCAAGCUUGGAAACAAAUACUUCACACUCAUCGCGGCUUUCCACCAAUUUCACUGGAUCGAUCUAGUGCGCGAGUUUGUCCAUCGCGGUGAUUACCGAGAAAAGAUGGCGUUCGAGGAGUUGAGGCGGACAUCACUCGGACGUGUAGGGGUCACCUUGGCAAAUAAGCCGCAUCCGAUUGGUAUAAACUGGUUAAAUGUUGGCCGACUGGUGAUCUGUGCGGUCGAUUGGACCAACUUGUGGCCUUUGCGCCUGGGCCCGGCAGCUUCUGGCAGUGGCCGCGAUAUCCAGUGGGUCUUGCAAAAUGCAUGGGACGAUUAUCCGACCAAGGACCUCGCGCCGUGGUACUUGUUUGACCCGGCUGCUAUCUUAGAGAUCCGGACUACUGAGAAAUUGAAAGACGCUCGCCAGGAAGUCGAGGUGAUGCUGGGGAGGUAA